CACGCGCAGCCAGCCGGCCGCCUCCCGCGCCCAGCGCGCCGCUCUGCUGUGCCCUGCGCCCCUGCCCCGCGCCAGCCUCUGCGCCCGCAGCCCGCCCGGCCUUCCCGGUGACCGUGACCCUGCCGUGGGCGCGGGGCGGAGCAGGCAUGUCCCGCCCGGGGACCGCUACCCCGGCGCUGGCCCUGGUGCUCCUGGCAGUGACACUGGCCGGGGUCGGAGCCCAGGGCGCAGCCCUUGAGGACCCUGAUUAUUACAGGCAGGAGAUCUGGAGUCGGCAGCCCUACUACGCGCGCCCGGAGCCCGAGCCCGAGACCUUCUCUCCGCCGCUGCCUGCGGGGCCCGGGGAGGAGUGGGAGCGGCGCCCUCAGGAGCCCAGGCCGCCCAAGAGGGCCACCAAGCCCAAGAAGGCGCCCAAGAGGGAGAAGUCCGCUCCGGAGCCGCCUCCACCAGGUAAACACAGCAACAAAAAAGUUGUAAGAACCAAGAGCUCUGAGAAGGCUGCCAGCGAUUAUCACAAUGUCCGUGUGGCCCAUGAAGAUGUUAGAGAGAGUUGCCCACCUCUUGGUCUGGAAACCUUAAAAAUCACAGACUUCCAGCUCCAUGCCUCCACGGUGAAGCGCUAUGGCCUGGGCGCGCAUCGAGGGAGACUCAACAUCCAGGCGGGCAUUAAUGAAAAUGAUUUUUAUGACGGAGCGUGGUGCGCGGGAAGAAAUGACCUCCAGCAGUGGAUUGAAGUGGACGCUCGGCGCCUGACCAGAUUCACUGGCGUCAUCACUCAAGGGAGGAACUCCCUCUGGCUGAGUGACUGGGUGACAUCCUAUAAGGUCAUGGUGAGCAAUGACAGCCACACGUGGGUCACUGUUAAGAAUGGAUCUGGAGACAUGAUAUUUGAAGGAAACAGUGAGAAGGAGAUCCCUGUUCUCAAUGAGCUACCCGUCCCCAUGGUGGCCCGCUACAUCCGCAUAAACCCGCAGUCCUGGUUUGAUAACGGGAGCAUCUGCAUGAGAAUGGAGAUCCUGGGCUGCCCACUGCCAGAUCCUAAUAACUAUUAUCACCGCCGGAAUGAGAUGACCACCACUGAUGACCUGGAUUUUAAGCACCACAACUAUAAGGAAAUGCGCCAGUUGAUGAAAGUUGUGAAUGAAAUGUGUCCCAAUAUCACCAGAAUUUACAACAUUGGAAAAAGCCACCAGGGCCUGAAGCUGUAUGCUGUGGAGAUCUCUGAUCACCCUGGGGAGCAUGAAGUCGGUGAGCCUGAGUUCCACUACAUCGCGGGGGCCCACGGCAAUGAGGUGCUGGGCCGGGAGCUGCUGCUGCUGCUGGUGCAGUUCCUGUGCCAGGAGUACUUGGCCCAGAAUGCGCGCAUCGUCCACCUGGUGGAGGAGACGCGGAUUCACAUCCUCCCCUCCCUCAACCCCGAUGGCUACGAGAAGGCCUACGAAGGGGGCUCGGAGCUGGGAGGCUGGUCCCUGGGACGCUGGACCCACGAUGGAAUUGACGUCAACAACAACUUUCCUGAUUUAAACACGCUGCUCUGGGAGGCAGAGGAUCGACAGAACGUCCCCAGGAAAGUUCCCAAUCACUAUAUUGCAAUCCCUGAGUGGUUUCUGUCGGAAAAUGCCACGGUGGCCGCCGAGACCAGAGCAGUCAUAGCCUGGAUGGAAAAAAUCCCUUUUGUGCUGGGCGGCAACCUGCAGGGUGGCGAGCUGGUGGUGGCGUACCCCUACGACCUGGUGCGGUCUCCCUGGAAGACGCAGGAACACACCCCCACUCCCGACGACCACGUGUUCCGCUGGCUGGCCUACUCCUAUGCCUCCACGCACCGCCUCAUGACGGACGCCCGGAGGAGGGUGUGCCACACGGAGGACUUCCAGAAGGAGGAGGGCACUGUCAAUGGGGCCUCCUGGCACACCGUCGCUGGAAGCAUGAUGAUGAAGAGGAGGAGGAGGAUGGUGCUGGUAGUACCAGCUCCCUCUAGGAAGCUGUGAGGAUUACGCAGGUGGAAGAUGUGGAUGUGCUUGACGUGUGGCUCACAGAAACAGUCGUGAUAAGUUCCCAUCCCCUGCGGACUCCUCUCUGCAGUAACACGACUGCUGUGAAACCUCAUAUGAGCACAUCCUUAUUGUCGGUUUCACUGUAUUGAUAAGUGUUAAUAUUAUUUGACUUUGUUAGAAACUCAGCCUUCACAUACUUUUCAAGUGUGUUGCCACUCCUGGGAAAAGAAAAACAAAGUAGAAAUACUUGUUUCCCUGGCCAUUUUAAAACAUGUACAGAAAGCUUGAUGUUUUUGCCUUUUACAGACCAAGCAGAGGCAUUUUAUCUAAAUCCAUCAUGGUUUUACCUUGUAUGAAAUAAAAAAAAAAUACAAAUCUCUGUCUAUCAAGAAGAAUUCCUAAUGGCAAAAAACAUUCUUGCUUUUCAAGUUUUUAGCCCUAAAAACCCACUUACAAAAAGCUUUAAGUAAAAUGCCUGUUUAUUUUUUAUGGCUGCUGUGACUAAAUUGGGCAUGGGAACACCUGGAUUCCCCAGUGUUGGUCACUCGUAACAUUUUGUGAAGUUGGCUGCCACACAAUCACAUAGGUAGCAUUUGUUUUUUUCUAUCCAUUAUAUUUUCCAUUAUUUCUGGGGCUUUGUGGCAGAGCCAUGUGGUAGCUUGAGCCUUUUUAAUCAUUCAUCUUCCUGACAGUGUGAUGAAAUCUGCAGAUUCAUUGCUUUGCAGAUUAAUGAAAUGUGACUUGUAAUUUCCUUUCCCCCACCCCCCCUCCGCCUUUUUGUUCCAUUUUUUUCUCACUCAUUAGCUGUGCCCUGCCAGGCACUAGUUAAUGGGGAGUGGCCCAGUUGAGAACAAGGGUCAAUACAUUUUGAAAUGCACAUCUUUUGGAGUGUGUGUGCUUUCACUCCAGACUCCUGUGACCUUUUCUGUUCCUGCAACCCUGCACCUUCUCCUCCACGGUGAAGGCAGGUGUUGUGGUUGCAUCAGAUGCACAGAGCUGUAAGGAAUGCAGCUGUGCCUUCCCUGCUGAAGCUGGUGACAAAAGAAGGAUGCCAGUCAGGGACAGAACACAAAGGAAUGUCUCACCACCCCAACUAGGACCGAAGGCUUGUGAAGAACUGUUUGGGGCGCAUCAUGGCCCGUUGUUCACACACUUCAGACAGGAAGUCACAUUUUGCUUUUGAAGCCCUUCUCUGGCCACGUAUUCUCAGCAAGGCGAUACACUCUGGAAGGCUGGCAGGCAGCAGCAAGACAGCAUGGCCCAAGCUUCUCCACCUCCCUCUGGUUUCUCAUUUUGCCAGUUCUUCUAAAGCUUCCUAUGCUCUGAAGACACAUAUUGCAAAAUGGCAGGCUCACUCCAGAAUGUUUAAAUAUCGCAUUUAUUUCAGUGCUUACGAGGACUAAAAGGGUAGAAGUGACAAUCAUUUUCUCUGCAGACAGGUGUUCAGCCCUCCCAGAAAGCUGAAACCUGUGCUCCCUGGUGGUUUGUUGCCCCCUGGCCUUCUUGCACUGUCUGUAAUUCCAUACUGUAGAUUUGACUGAAGGAAUUUUGACCAGUCUCCUUCAAUGAGACCGGGGCCCACGUGAAGGAUUUUCCAUUGACUUGGCUCUGUCCCACCCUUUUUGUUCCACUGCUCUCACUGAAAACAUGCUCACUGUGUUUCAUCACAGGCUUGAUCAGAGGCCCGUUGCUGAUGACAUUCGAAUGGUUGGAAUCUGGAAUUGGGUAGAGGGUGGCUGUAUACUUAAUGCCAUUUUGCCUCUGACUUCCGUGACCAGGCAGCAGAUUGAUAGAGUUGCUCUUGACACCCCAAAGCCAUGGUUUUGAUACUGAGCAUUGCAGGAGAGAGUUCCUUCUGGUGCACUAAGUGAGAAUGAAGGAAAGUUGUCCAAGGCACAGAGCACUCCUGCUUUCUGUGACCCUGAUCCUGGAGCCCAGGGAGGGUGGUCAGAGGGGUCUUCUACUGGGUGAGUCGUGCAGAGCGCAGCUUGCUAAUCAUCAUCCUGUUCAAAAACAAAAAUGUUGGGAAGGAAGCCACUGGUACUUCAUACCAUCAAACACUCAUUUAUUUAUUUCACAAAUGUUGAAUAGCAUACAGGGUGGAAUGGCGGCCUCCCCAGAAGAUGAUGUCUGCUUUCUAAAACCCCACGCCUGGGAAUGUUAGCUUAUUUGGAAACGAGUCUUGGCAGGUAUCAUUAUAUUCAGGGUCUCCAGAUGGGGUCACCCUGUGUUACCUGGAUGGGCCUUAAGAUCAGUGGGAAGUGUCGUUAUAAGGGACAGAAGCAAGACAGAAGAGAAGCCUAUGUGAAGACAGAGGCAGAGAGCUGAGUGAUGCGGCCUCAAGACAAAGAAUGCCAGGGGGCUCCCAGAAGCUGCAAGAGUCAAGGAAGGCUCCUCCCCUAGAGGAGGCCCCCACUUCUAGAGGCUUUGGAGGGACCACAGACACCUUGAUUUCAGACUUCUGGCCUCUGAGACUGUGAGAGGAUAAAUUUCUGUUGCUUUAAGUCAACCAUUCGGUGGUAAUUUGUAUUAUAACAGUGGCCCAUGAAAUGAGUCCAGACACCGACUGCACAUUACGCUGGGGCUUCCUGUCCUGCUGUCAUCAUGCCAGGAGGCAGAAGGCUUGUCUGCUUUCAGGCGUAUUGGGAGAGUGGUUUGCCUGCAAGCCCCCAAGCAGGGAUGCUCUAUUUGGAGCCGUGGGCAGCGCCACGCAGAGCUGGGCCCAAACCCUGACUCUGGCCCUUUCCAGACACAUACAAGGUCCUGGGUACUGUUCUUCCCCUUUUCAACCUCAACUUUCCUAUUUGUAAAAUUGUGCUGUGUUGCCUACUUCUGCCGGGUUUGGGGUGAAAAUUAAGUAACCUAAUGGCUGCAGAGUGCUCAGGACAGAUCCUGGCUUACAGGAGGCACUUGGCAAACAGUGGUAAGGAUCGCAGUUUUUGGAAUCAAAAUAGAAAACCGUCAUAGAGCUAUAGCUGAGACAGCAUAACUGUAGAGAUAAACUUAAUCAAACACUUAAAACCUAUAGUGUUCAUGAAUGAUAGCUUUACUCCAAAAAUGGAGCGUUAAACUUUUUUACUUUAAUAAAGUGUUUUAUCUAAAUAGCACUUAUUUCAGUUCUUCUUUUGUCAAAGACACACUUCCAUGUGUCUGUCCUCACCACAAACCAUUCCAGCUGCAUCUUCUCUCCAAACUCUUUCUA